AUGCGGCGUUACACAAGUCUCCCCAUUGCUCUUUUUUCUCUUCUUUUACGCUCUUCUACAUGUGUCUUUGCGUCUGAACAACCUCAGCAGCCCUUCGAAUUUGGAGCAAUGUCUGCGUCAACAUAUUCUCUCCCUCCUCUUCCGUAUGGCUAUGAUGCUUUGGAACCCCAUAUCUCGGCCCAGAUCAUGGAGCUUCACCAUAGCAAGCACCACCAGACCUACAUCACGAAUCUGAAUGCUGCUCUAAAGACGCAAGCUGAAGCUGUGCAUACCUCCGAUAUCGCGACCCAAGUCUCUGUCCAACAAGGGAUUCGUUUUAACGCUGGGGGGCAUAUCAACCAUUCACUAUUCUGGCAAAACCUUUGCCCGGCAUCUUCUCCGGAUGCAAAGACAUCAUCGGCGCCGAAACUCUUCAAGCAGAUUAAGGCAACGUGGGGCGAUGAAGAGACAUUCCGUGAUGCUUUCAAGGGGGCUCUUCUCGGCAUUCAGGGAAGCGGUUGGGGUUGGCUAGUCAAAGUUGAAAUUGGAAAAGAACAACGACUGGCAAUUGUCACAACGAAGGACCAGGACCCUGUGGUCGGAAAAGGCGAGAUACCGAUCUUUGGCGUGGAUAUGUGGGAGCAUGCAUAUUACCUUCAGUAUCUCAAUGGCAAAGCUGCGUAUGUCGAGAAUAUCUGGAAUGUCAUCAACUGGAAGACGGCAGAGGAGCGCUACUUAGGCACUCGUGCUGAUGCAUUCAAGAUUUUGAAGGCCUCUAUUUAG